AUGGCCAUUGCUGAUUCAUGUAUGACUGCAUGGGCACAGUCCAUGGGUACUGCCAGUACAGCCCUUCUCGAGGUGUGCCAACCCCUCUAUGCAUGCCAUGCCAACCGCGCUGCUGAACCGCCCGAUGUUGGUCUGCCUGCUGCGCCAUGCCCUGCUGCGCCAUGCCCUGCUGCGCCAUGCCCUGCUGCCGCCCUGCAUGUAGCUGCCGGGCAUGCGGCUGCCCUGCCCGUUGCUGUCCCCCCUGCUGCUGCCCUGCCUGCCACAUCCAAUAUGUCUGCUGCUGCCAUGCCUGCUGCUGCCCAGCAUGCUGCUGCCCCACCUCCUGCUGCCCUGCUGGCUGCUGUCCUGCCUGCUGACCUGUCUGCUGUCCUGCCUGCUGACUUGUCUGCUGUCCUGCCUGCUGACCUGUCUGCUGUCCUGCCUGUUGCCCUGCCUGCUGCCCUGCCUGUUGCCCUGCCUGCUGCCCUGUCUGCUGCCCUGUCUGUUGCUGCCCCUGCCGCUGCCCACCUAUCUGUUGCUGCCGUCUCUGCCGUUGCUUUCCCUGUUUUUGCCGUCUCGGCUGCUCUCCUUCUCCUUGAGUUUCACCUGCCUCCUCCCUGUGCUGCUGCUGCUGCUGCUGCCCCUGCUGCUGCUGCUGCUGCUGCUGCUGGUGCUGCCCCUGCUGCUGCUGCUGCCCCUGCUGCUGCUGCUGCUGCUGCUGCUGCUGUCCCCCCUGCUGCUGCUGCUGCUGCUCCCCCUGCUGCUGCUGCUGCUGCUGCUCCUCCCCCUCCUGUUGCUGCUGCUGCUGCUGCUGCUGCUGCUGUUGCUGCUGCUCCUCCUCCUGCUGCUGCUGCUGCUGCUGCUGCUGCUGCUGCUGCUGCUGCUGCUGCUGUUGCUGCUGCUCUUCCUCCUCCUGCUGCUGCUGCCCCUGCCCAUGCCCCCUGCAACCACUCAGCCAACCAGACCAUCCCAUCAGGCACAGCAUCACCCAUCCCACCGGUCAUCCAUAGACGCGCUCCGCCACGUCUCACGAGCUCCUUUUGGACCAAUCCCGCGAAUGGAUUCGCUGGAAGAGCAGCAGCUCUCAAGGGAGGGUGCGCGUCGGCAGGAUCUAGGAUCGACGCGGCGGGUUCAGGGAGGAAGAGGCGGGCGACGCGGGGAGCGCCGAGAGCAGAGGCUGUGGACCCGGUGGUUCAAUUCUCGCCGGACGACUUUUCCGUGGAGCGAUUACUGGGUACCCUCGACUUCAUGAACGUCUCCAGCUACUCCAUGCCGCCCGGUUCGUCCUCGUCCACGUCAUCACUGUCGUCGCUGACGUGGCCGGGGUCCCGCGAGGACACGGCAGCAGGGCUGAGCGAGAGGGACAUCAACCAGCUGGCGGGAGGCGGGCAGGAGGUGGGGCGAGGCGGUGUGCAGAUCAGAAUGUACCGAGGCCGCAUGGUAACACCAGGGGAGCGCCUGGGCACGCGCGUGCUGCUCAAGGCGUAUCCGGGCAGAGAGGCCGCAGCCAAGGCCGUUGACGUGGAUGCCAUGGCAGCCAAUGAGCUCGUGACACAUGUCGCUCUGCAGGAGGCCCAGGACGAGGCACAGGACGACGAGGUGGAAGUGUCACGCAACGUGCUGGUGCUGCUGGGCGGCUUUGAGACAAGCUCGGGCGAGAAGUGGUUGGUGAUGCGAGACGAUGGCUACAUCACCGCAGCAGACUACGCCAAAGCUGCCUCCGAAGCUACCGCCGAGGCUCGGGCCGUGGGGGACUUUGAGGUUUGGGACCGGUUCGAUCCUGCCAAGCCUCUGUUUCGGCGGGAGAUCUUCAUCCGGAAGCUUCUGAGGGGGUUCCUGCAGGGGCUGUCGUAUAUGCACUCAAAGGGGCGGCUGCACCAGUCCAUUGGGCCGGCAUCGGUUGUCCUCAACACCACCAACGAGAUGGAUGUGCGUUACCUUGUGCCGCGCCUUUGCGACUUUGCCUUUGCCAUUGACAUCAGCAACCCAGCAGUGCUGUCAGCGGGAGUGGGCAGCGCCUUUGAUGCCGUGGACGAGGUCAAGGACAGCCUGUGGCGCCGCGCUGCCUCUGCGGGCGCCAAGUCCUUCCUUGAGCGCCGCUCCUUUGGCCUGGCAGAUGACAUCUAUGCAGCAGGGCUGCUAGUGGCGUACAUGGCGUUCGUGCCUCUGUGUGCUCCGGGGGCCAUUGACGGGCCAUCACUGCAGAGGCUGCUAGAAACCACCUUCUCGCUCAACAUCCCUGCAGCACGAGAGUAUUGCUGUGCUGACGACCGAUGGAGCAAUGCCGUGGCGUUUUUGGAUCGAAGAGACGGUGCUGGGUGGGAGCUGCUGCAGGCCAUGCUGAACCCGGACUAUCGCCAGCGGCCUUCCGCGGACUCUGCUCUGCAGCACCGCUUCUUUGACCUUCCGUGA